AUGGCAUUCAUCGACGAUGACCAAAUGCUGCUGAUCGCUCUGGCGAAUAACACAAUCCUGGCCCUGAAUCUCAUUAACCGCUCUACGAGCUCCACGAGCUGGAUUGACAUCCUCGAAGAGCCACAUUACACCUGGUACACCGGCAUUGCUGCCGAGCAAGCGGCCUUCAACAAGGAUCUAGGCCUCCUUGCCUUGGGUUACCGACACAGACAUGUCCUAGUCUACAACUAUGACCAGGAAUCUUACCAAAUCUUCGACCAUCAGGAUGGCCUCUCUGAUGGCAUCGACCAGCACCUGUCCAUAUCUAUUUACGCCAUGGCCUUUAGCAAUCUCCCUGCAAGCCCACUUCUCGCUGUCUCUUUCUCGUGCUCCGAUCUAGUGCUCUUUGACGUGGAGCAAGGCACAAUCCAAGCGCGUGUCACACCCGCCUGGUUCUCCCAUCUAUCCUCGUCUCCGGACGGGAGGACUCUCGCUGCUGCCCGAAAAGACGGUGCCAUCGAGCUGUAUGACUUUGAGACACUUCACAGGCUCUACCGCAUCCGGAGGAUGGUACCCGUGCGGUCACCAUCUCUUGCAUCUAGUAGCCAGGAUGAGGUGCUCGAAGAAGGCGACGAGGCAUUCAGCCAGAUCACCGCCAUUUCUUGCGACCCGGAAGGACAGACCUUUUUUGUCGGCAGGGAGGACAACACUGUUUCAGCUCACGAGACCAGAACAGGCCUACAAGCGGGUGUCCUCUUCUCGCACGUGGCAAGCGUCAAAGAUCUCAUUCUCGGCGUCAAGGGGCAGCUCAAACUUCUUGUGAGCGCAGACACCGCCGGUUUCCUCAUGGUCCAUAAGCUGUCGAAGAACACGAAGAAGGAAUGGUCCGCACAGCAAGUGUUUUCCCACCGAGCAUCUGUCACAGGAGUCCAGCAGUUCCUUAUCAAUAAAGACCUAACACGUCUGCUGAUUGUUUCCAACGAUCAAGCAUGUCUACACUCGAUGGCCGACGGCAAGGAGCUCGUCGCGCCCCUGAAAUGUCAACACCAUGGCCGUGGGUCCUACGUCUGGACACAUCAUCCUUUGGACCCAUCGCUUGUCAUGCACAUAGUAGGACAUGAAUUCCAUAUCCAUGACUGGGAGUCUCUGCAGGCAACAGCGUCGACAUCAGCAAGAGCUGAAGCAGUCAAGCUGGAAGUGGAAGCGGCCCUCGAGCCUGAGAUCCAUCACCUUGCCGUCCACAGCGCCGUGACCAUAUUCAGUGGGGACCAGGAUGUGUGCUUCCUGGCAUCCGCGCUGCCCCCGAAAGCGACCGACCAGCUCAUCAUGGCCUUGACGGGGUCCGAACCUGUACAUGAAGUCAUCGAUAUCAUCGUCGGAAUGUACAGGGAUCGCCUGAUCUUCCUACAUGUUGAUGGCUGGGUCUGCUCUGUGAAGGCGGGUGCGGUUGGGAAUGCCCCUGGGCUAAGCAUGGGCAAGAGCGAAGGCGUCGUGCAUCAUUUCGCACCGCCCUUGGGGUGGCUACGGACGAAUAGAGAGCUGUUGGUCAGAGUUUCAAGACUGGGCGAUGUCUUGUUCGUAGCUAAGGGGGAGGUGGCUAUCGUAAAACGAGGGUUGGACCGCGCGGCGGAUGUUGUCAGAUGA